AAAAAAACUGUGCAAAAACAUCAGUGCCAAACACACAAUUAGAAAACAAGUCCUUGGUCGUGCAAGAAGUGGUCCACGUUGUUCUGUUGCUAAGGUACGGUUGGUGUUGUAGAUGAGAGCAUGUACAGGAAAGAACUGCAGAUGCUAGUUUAUACCAAACAUAGACACAAAAUGCUGGAGUAACUCAGUGGGACAGGCAGCAUCUUUAGAGAAAAGGAAUAGGUGAUGUUUCGGUCGAGACUCUUCUUCAGGCUGAGAAACAGGAGAAAGGGAAACGAGAGAUAUAGAAAGUGGUAGAGAGAGAGAUGGAGAACAAAUGAAUGAAAGAUAUGCAAAAAGAUAAUGAUCAAGGAAUGGUGGAGCACACAAUGGUCCAUUGUUGGCAGUGGGCCAGGUGAUAACGAGUUAUACAGACAGUGAAACUCAACAGGAUGACACUGAAACUCGUGCCACAACUAAGGUGGGCGGGGAGAGAGAAGGAGGAUGUAAAAAUCACUUGAAGUUAGAUAAAUCAAUAUUCAUACUGCUGGGUUGUGAGCUGGCCAAGUGAAAUACGAGGCGUUUGGCCGAACUAUUACCCAGGUUUGACGUCAGUGUGCUUUGAGGAAGCACUUCAGAAGGAGCUGCUUGGCUGUGAAAUGUUGUGGGACGUCCUGGGAUGGUUAAAGGGCUGUGACGGAGCAACAACGGGGAGACGGGGACUCCUCGCUUCCUGCCUUCUGUUCUACGACAGUGGCACAGAGAGACACUGGAAGGCGCCCAGAAUGUGUUGAGUGUUAUUUUAAAUGGAUGGUUUUCCAGCGAGGAGGUCACCCUCUCCUGGCUGCGGGUUGUCUGAGGAAUAUUCCGCUUUGGCCCUCUCCUCCUCCUCCCCCCCCUCCCCUCCCCUGCAGCCGGUCGGCGCCGGGCCGGGCGGGCGUGGUGUAUGUGUGGGCGGGCCCGCGGCUGUGAUCCUCGGCAUCAUGCUAUGUUGCAUUAGAGAGCAAGGAUCCUAUAGCAGAGCUCCGCAAUAGGAUCUUUGCUAGAGAGGCGGUGCUUUUGACAGCUUCCUAGUGCUGCAGUCGGGAUAACACCGGUUCGGGCACAUCUCCCAGCUCGCUCUUGGACCAGUCUCUCCCAGGACAUCCCCCGGUUCCGACAGACCUUUCCCGGUUAGGGGCAGACCUCUCCCGGGCCAUUCUCGCUGUUUGGGACAGACGGCUCCGGGGACGGACAGACAGACAGACAGACAGACCGCUCCCGGGUGAUCUCUCGGUUCGGGACCGACCUCUCCUGAUACACCUGCCCGGGUUUUAUUUGGUGGCCAACAUGGGCGAGGCUUCAUUGUCGGCAUGUGAGCAGUGGCGGGCGCUGGUCGGCAAGUGCAGGCCGGUUUGCCGGCGCCUCUUCGGCCAGGUGGACGGGCGGCAGGUGCGGGCCGUGUUCAGGGCCGAGCUCCGGAGCGGCCGGGAGGCGGCAUCCCGGCGGUGGGGCUUCGACUUCGAAGCGGAGCUGCCCUUGAAGGGGGAUCUCCAUUGGGAAGCCGUGCCGAGCCAGGACGUCCCGUUCUUCUACCGUCCUGUGCGGGGAUCCCAGCAGAGGCCGUCACUGGAGCCGCCGCCGGGGCCGGGGGAAGCAGCCGGGGAGAGGUCUCCAUCGCCUGAGCAGAAACCAAACUCACCGCUCAAUCGCAAGAGGAAACAAGCUCUCAUCACAGAUUUCUAUGCUCUGAAGAGGAGGCUUGGUCCCUUGGGUCUUGAGUCCAAACCUUGAGGCCAACAGGAAGUGGGGGCAGGGUGGAUUGUGGCCUUCCAUCCCCUUCACACCCUUGGGCUUUGUAACAAGAUGGCUGCCCUGCAAGACAAUAUCUAUUUGCUCUGUUUGCCUGUCCCUAUACACAUGUCUGACGGAAUCCCUGACUCACAAACUGAAGCACUACGGCCGUUCCCCGACCUCCUGAUCCCAGGAACGGCAGACGUGGACCCUCGGAGCAAGACUCGAUUAUGGACAUGGGCUCGCUGCGAGAGGCGAGCUGUUCCCAGGAGCCGCCAGGGUCUGUUCAGGGAUUAGCUGCUGCACUUGUACACCUCCCAAACUGCUUUACCCUUCCCGGGUGUACACAGUUGUACACACUGCACUUCCACACCGCGCAAGACAAGAGGCAUAAUGUGUGAAUGGAAAAUGCCUGGGUGCGAGAGAAUGCUGAAGGAGCGAAUGUGAGUGAGAGAGAGAGGGAAAGGGAUUUAGCAAAGAUGAAACGCAAGUGUAGAUCAAUGAUUGGGAAAUGCUAUAAUUCAGGAUCAUCCAUUUGAAUGCUUUGAUGAGCUGAGAGAACCAGACAACUUUGUGGGUUGUACCUGAUUAAUUCCAUUGCACAUUUUCAUGGUGAUUGGGGACAUGUAUAGGGGGGAAUGUCCACAGACGAUAAUUCUGUCUAAUCCAUAGGCGUUGGCUACUGUUCGUCAUGAGAGGCUAUAUAUGUCAUGUGGAUGGUGAGGUUGUAGGCAAGUUAUUGAGCUCCGUCCGUGGAGAACAGGGAUAAAGAGCAGAUCGGGAAUCAUUGAUGAAUGUUGUAAGCUGUGGGAUAAACAGCCACGUGUCCACAUCAACCAGUGAUCAAUGGUGCAGAUGCAUUCUCCAAAUUACAGAGAGAUAUCAAAACAGCGGGAGAAACUCAGCGGGUCAGGCAGCAUCUGGAGAAAAUAACGGGUGAUGUUUCAGGUUAUAUCCCUUCUUCUGACCCAGGGUGGCACAGUGGCGCAC